AUGCGAUUGCUUCCAUUGGCAACUACGGCAUUUUUAUUGACCGGAUCUACCUUGUUAUCCAGUGCACGGCCCACCACAGAUCCUCGGACAGAUGUCAUUGUGAAUGCAUUUAAGCAUGCCUGGAACGGAUAUCGCCAGCACGCAUGGGGUCACGACGAGUUACGGCCAUUGUCAAAUGGUACAUCCGAUACGCGUAAUGGAUGGGGUGCUUCCAUUUUCGACGGCCUGGAUACUAUAAUUAUUAUGGGUCUCGAAGAGGAAUACCAUCAAGCAUUGGAACAUGUCGAGAAUGUCGACUGGAACUCAACCAAAGAACCGAGCAAGACUUUUGAGACCAACAUUCGCUAUCUAGGUGGUCUUUUGUCUGCAUACGACUUGCGUCCAAAUCCCAUUUUUUUGGAAAAGGCCGUGGAGCUCGCUCAAAAUGUGAUUUUGCCUGCCUAUGAUACGCCUAAUGGCAUGCCGGCUGCCUAUGUUGAUGUCGCGACAGGCAAACCAACUAAAGGCAAAGAGUUGAUUUUAGCAGAAUUUGGAUCACUUCAAUUGGAAAUGGUCCGACUCAGUCAGCUUACUGGUGAUGAACGCUAUGCAAAGAUUGCCAAUGAUGUAGUCUAUGCUAUUGACAAGGUGCCUACUCCCUUCCCUGGCAUUUAUCCGAUUAUUUGGGAUUUGGACACUUUUACACCUUCCAGUUCGUAUAUUACCAUUGCUGGCGGUGGCGACAGCUACUACGAAUACCUUUUGAAGACAUAUCUUCUUACAAACGGAGGAGAGGGACAACAAUUGGACAUGUGGAAAAAGUCAAUAGCAAGCAUGCAAACCUAUUUGCGUUCAGAAACGAGUGGCAGCAUGGUCUUUCUGGCUGAGAUCAACGAAGACUACAAGUUGCUUCAAACAGGCGAAUUGGUUUGCUUUAUUCCCGGUAAUAUUCUAUUAGGUGCUCGCUAUUUGAACGAUUCUGACUUGACAAUCUUUGCUUCCGAGCUGAUGAAGUCAUGCUACGAUACUUGGGCCGUCACUCCAACAGGCAUUGCGCCAGAAACAUGGAGUUGGAUUGAUAAGAGUCAAAACAUUAGCAGCUAUCCAGACGUCAUGCAGCUCGCUAUGCAGACUACCGGAUAUGUGCCCCAGGAUGUCUCGUAUGAUCUUCGACCAGAAACAUUGGAAAGUAUCUUUUACUUUUAUCGUCUAACAGGUGAUCCCAAAUACCAGGAUAUGGCCUGGAAGAUUUUUGAAUCCAUUGAGAAAUAUUGUAAAACCCCUUCGGGUUACAGUCGUAUCGAUGAUGUCUCCAAAGCCGACGGUGUUCAAAUCCUUGAUUUUGAAGAAAGCUACUUCUUUGCCGAAACGUUGAAAUAUUUGUACUUGAUUUUUGCCGAUCCCAAUGUCAUGUCUUUGGAUGAAUGGGUUUUCAGUACAGAGGCCCACCCUUUCAAAUUAAACAAGCCCAUCAAGGUGCAAGCACAAUUUUAG